AUGCUCUCGCGGCUCAAGCGACGUGCGCCGUCCACCUCGCUCGCAGACCCGCCGCUCGACGACCCUCCCUCGCCUCCCGCAGCGAGCGACACCGCCUCACACAACGACACCACGCUCAGCUCGCCCUCGCCAGCGGGCAAGAGCACCCAGCGCAGCUUCACGACGCCCGUCAAGGGACAGGCGGACCGCGACUCGGGCAGGACGCUGUCGCCGGCGAGGGCGUACGGGACUGGCGCAGUCGGUGCGGGGAGGGCGUCGAGGAGCUCGUCGUUCGGGUCGUUCCAGGGCGAGCGAAGGACAAUCAACUUGUCGUCGCCGGGAGAGCUCGGCAACAGCGGCGGGCGCGUCGACGAUAUCGGGCACGGCAGCCUCACCCUCGACCACCUCGCUCUUCCAGACGGAUCCUCUGCACCGCUCACACUCGUCGUCCAGGCGCCCGAACUCCUGACCCAUGUGGAACAACAAGUUUCGGAUGGCGAUGCGCCCACACCGACGGGCGAUGGACCCGACCAGCGUACUCCUCUCGCAGCUCCGACCACGCUUUUCCCGCCCGCAGCGACCGGCGCAACUUCGUCUUCAGGCUCUGGUCUUGGCCCUGUCGUCCCCCACAACCGUCCGCGUUCUCACACGACAUCAGAAGCCCCUCCACCCGGAUGCAGCACUCGUGCAAAUGGCCUCGACGCCCUCGCCAAGAUCAACAACUCGACUCUCUCGCCGCACUCCGAAUCUCCGACGAAGCAGCUCCGCACAUCCUCUCCUCCCUCAUCGUCUCGCCCCCAGUCACGCGCAGCGAGUCGACCCCUUUCGCGCAGCUCGUCGAUCAACUCGCAGCAGCAGCCUGACAACCUCUCGCUUCGUCCGCCUGGAAGCGUCUCGCCUGCUCGAGGGCGCAAGGGCACCAUGUCGAAGAACGGCAUUGCGGGCGCUCUCGCACUGUCGGGUGUUGCGCUCGCCUCGCCAAGCCAGAGCUUGCGGCAUCCUAAUGUGCUGGCUCCGCUCGCGGCAGUUGGCAACGGGGCCAGCGCCCCGGUCUCUCCCGGCACUGCUUCGUCGUCAACGGAGGAAAGGCCCGCCAAUCCUGCAGACGCGCCAGCUUCCGCACGCGACUCGCUCGACAACCAUACCUCGCCUGCCGCCUCGGUAAUAGAUCAUGGGCACUCGUCGCCAGGCGAGGCGCUUGUUGGCGUACCUCUCGCCACGACGUACUCGCGCGACCAGCCCUCGAUGUACGAUGGUGCGCUCGGAGUCGGCUCGACGCUUGGAGACCACCUGAGCGGGUUCCUCUCGAUGGACCAGCUCGGCGACUUUGACGACGUCGUUAGCAUGCUGGGGACGGGCUAUGCGGUUGCGAGUAGUAAGCGGAAUGCGGACUUCCAUGCGCUGUUCAAGCAUAUCCCAGAGGACGAUUACUUGAUCGAGGACUACGGCUGCGCCCUGCAGCGCGAGAUCCUCAUUCAAGGUCGACUCUACAUUUCCGAGCACCACCUCUCCUUCUAUGCCAACAUCUUUGGCUGGGUCACCUCGCUUACCAUCCCGUUCUCUGAGGUCUGCUCGAUUGAGAAGCGCAUGACCGCCUACGUGAUCCCCAACGCCAUUCAGAUCGCUACGAUGCACGCACGUCACACCUUCGCCUCGUUUCUCUCGCGCGACACGACGUACGACCUAAUCGGCAACAUCUGGCGAAUGUUCCACCCAGUCGUCCCCAUGUCCGCCGCCCUCCCCGACACGCUCUCGACAAGCGGAAACUCGCAUGCUGCGGGCGAGUCGGAAGACGAGGAGGCUGCUGCUACUCAGGAUGCUCAGUCGAGUCCUGCGGUGGAGGGAAAAAAGGAGCGCGCGAAGAAGAGGCUGAAGGGCUUCAGGAGACCGAGGGGCGGGACGGGCGAGUCGACUGGCUCGACGAACAAGUCUGUCGACUUUGCGCUUCCCGUCGACGAGGGGUCUGCCGAGUCGAAGGGCGAAGGCGAAGCGGGCGAGGGCAAGAAGAAGGGCAAGAAGGGCGCGGUGCCGGCUCAUCCACCCACGGUCGAUACGUGCCCGACGCUCAAGAACCUCAAGGAGGUCUGCAUGGACACGACGUUCCCUGGCGCGCCCGAGAAGAUCUACAACUUGAUGUUCACGAGCGGGUUCAUGAAGGACUUCUGGGCCGAGAACCAAAAGCUCACCGAGAUUCAAAUCGGCGACUGGGCGCCGCAAGCCUCCGGCUCGAACCUCCUCGCGCGCUCCAUGUCGUACAUCAAGCCCCUGAACGGCUCGAUCGGGCCCAAGUCGACCAAGUGCCUCAUCACCGACGAGUCUGCGCACGUCGACUUUGACGACUACGUUUGCGUCGUCACGACCACUCGGACGCCGGACGUCCCGAGCGGCAGUGCGUUCGCGGUCAAGACGAGGACGAGCAUGACGUGGGCCAAGAACAACCACUGUAGGGUUGUUGUUACGACAGGCGUCGAGUGGUCCAAGAGCAGCUUCAUCAAGGGAAUCAUUGAAAAGUCGGCGAUCGACGGGCAGAAGCAAUACCACACCGACCUCGAAAAGGCCAUGCGGGCCUACAUCCAUUCUCACCGGAACGAGUUUGUCGAAGAAGGCCAAGAUCCAGACGCGGCGUCCUCCGCCUCGGAAGACGAAGGUGGCUCGAUCGACGGGUCUGUCGCGGGACUGGACAUGGUUUCCCAAGCGCAGGCGGAGGACGCAGCGGCCAAGGCGGCGCCGAACGGCGUGUUAGGGACGGUUUGGUGCACGCUCGAACCGGCGGUCGAGACGCUCGCGAACCAGAGCGCUGCUUCACUCGCGCUCGGGGCGGUCGUCGUCGUCCUCGUAUUGUCGAACUUGUGGACCCUCCGAAGCGCGGGCGGAGCGAGGGACGGGGACUUGCAUCCUGCUGAGCGGGUUAGGAGGCGGAACGCAGCGGGUUUCGCGGGCGGGACGGAGCAGACUGUGGCGGGAGCGGGCGCGGGAGGGGGUGGGGACAGGACGCCGCAGGAGGUCGCAAUGGCCGUCCGGGACGUCCUCCAGGAUUACUUUGCGGUCCAGCAUGGGAUCGGUCUUCCUGCAACGGCGAGGGAGCGUCAAGCUGCGACGACGCAGGCUGAGAAUGCGGGUAAGGGCAAGGGGAAGGAGGAGAUGGAGGAGGAGGUGAGGGAUAUCGAGCUUGUGUUAGAUCGGCUGGAGGAGCGGAUCGGGCGGUUGAGGAGCGAGUUGCGCGAGGCGGCGGCGAGCGGGACGGGCGCGCAGGCGCAGAAGGAGACGACCGAGGCGCUGGGCGACCUUGACUGA